AUGAGGGUCAUGCGUCUUAGGGAGAGACACAUCUCCCUCAUGCGCCUUUUAUAUUUUUUAAAUUUCACGAACGACGCAUGAGCGUCAUGCGUCUUAGAAAGAGACGCAUGAGGCUCAUGCGUCUCCAAUUUCGAAUUAAAGCAGCAGCGAAGGCAGUAGCCUCCUCAUUCACGCAAACAGAAAGAGAGACGACGAACUUGGCGAUUUUUCCUUUGUGAUUCGGCGAAGAAGCCGAUUUCCACUCGUGUUCUGCUUAUAAGGCCACAGUUGGAAGAGAUUGUGAAACAAGUGAAGAGUAAGGGUAUGACUCCUGCUGCUGUACAUGAAGGUCGGGUGCAAAAGUCAAAAUUAUAUGAUAAAUCAACAAUAUGGCACAAAAUGUUCAAUCUUUCAAGGAGGGAGGAGCAUUCUGGUUUACUGAUUUGACUACCCCGGAUGCAAUGUAUAUUUUGCCAGUUUUGACGGCAUUGACAUUUUGCAAAACAGUGGAGCACAACGCUCAGCAAGGUUUGGAAGGCGAUCGACCUGCCAAGAACAGCUGUAGAAUCGUUGCAGUAUUAUCGAUCCCUAUCAUUGCUCAGUACCCGAAGGCUAUAUUUUGUUACUGGAUUACAUCAAACCUGUAUACCGUCGCUUAUGAAUUGGUGAUAAAGAAGCCUAAGGUGAAGCAGAUGUUGGGAUUACCGGAUCUUCCACCACCGUCGACUAAUCAGGAUGCAACUCACCAGCUGCAGCUUAUAGGUCUUUUUCCUCCACCACCACCAGAGCAGUCUCGAUUAUCACCGUCAGAGCAGUCUUUAUCACCACCUCCUGCUAAUGAAUCGUCGAAGCCAGUAAAUCGAAAAUUGAAUUCAAUGCCAGCAUCGGCACCCAGCCAGCGGAUUAAGAACUUAGAUAAAGAGGUCAAGGGAAGGAAGAAAGGGAACAAAAGGUCUUCCGGAUGAUGGAAAAUUAGAUGACUAAACAAAUAAAGUUAUUUUAGAGCAUGCAAAUUUGAUAUCGUUCAUAGUAGUUCAUUAGAUUUUGGAUUAAAAAUGAAGUUAGUCAAAACUUAGCAGAGUUUUUGAACUUCUCUCUAGAUGAGUUAGGAAAUGAGAAUGAACGUUUUGGCAUCGUCCGAUAUGUUGAUUUAACUUCUUAUGUUUACAAAUUGUCUUUGAUAAAUAUAAAGGUUGUCUUUGAUAAA